UUCCGGAUGACUCAUGGGAGGAAGGUGGUGUGCAAGAGCGGCUCUUCUCCUCUUCCCAUGGUCGAAGCAGCAGCUGGAAGAUGAAGAGGAUGGCAAUAGGAGCACACUCUGAAUAACUGUAAAGAACAAUCAGUGUUGAAAUGGGAAGAAAAUCAAGCCAAAAAUCAAAAUAUUUUCCAUUUCCUGCAGAAAACCAUACAAAUCUCCUCCUCCUCCAGCAGCUGUUUGACAAAAGAGAGAAAAUUAAGAAAGAAUAAGCAGACUAUGCAGAGCUCAAGGAUAAAUUAAAUGAGAGGGGAUGGGAGAUUAUUCAUAAUUCAGCAAAAGAGGGAAAUAUCUGGAAGUCUGUUCGAAAGAAAAGAUCAAUAGUAAAGCCACGUAGAACAGACAGGAAUGCAGGCCUCUCCCUGAGAGGAAGAAGAUGGCUUGAAUGAAAGAACCCUUAACAAAGGCAUUGUCCAUAUUUUUUACCUCCUCAAGAAUAUCAGUGGUGCAAAAGCUUCAUAAAUUUGCUUAUUGUUGGAAAAGCACAGAUUGCAAAUCACAGCUGAUUAUGCACAAGAGGAGACGGAAAGCCACACAAAUUACCUGAAUGUGACAAAAACUACGGUCACAAAAGCUCCCUUGUUGUUCAUGGAAGCACCUCCACAAAGGAGGGAAGCCACAAAAGUGCUCCCAAUGUGGUAAAUGCUUUAGUGAGCAUGGCAACAUGGUGCUAUAUCAGAUAACUCACAGGAGGGAGAAACAUAUGACUGUGCAGAUUGUGUGAAAGUUUCAUUAGAAAUUCCCAGGUCUUGAGAUACUAAAGGAUGCACACAAAGGAAUAAAACCAUUUUAACAUCCUUUCUGUGGGAAAUGUUUCAGUGAGGCACCUGAGGACUUCCGCAAAAGAGAAACCUUUUGAAUGUCCCGAUUGUGGAAAAAAAUAUAGUCACAAUUUAGGUCUCGUGAUGCAUCAGUAGAUUGACUCCAGGGAGAAACUCUAUGAGUAUCUAGAUUGUGGGGAAAACAUCAUUAGAAAUUUCCAUCUCAAGAGACACCAGAGAACACAGAAGAAAAACCCUUUGAAUGUCCUGAUUAUGGGAAAGUCACAAUUCUGGUGAUACACCAGAAGACUCCCAUAGGAGAGAAAUGCUUUGAAUGACCUGAUCGUUGGAAAACUUUCAGUUAUGAUUCCAAUUUGUGAAACACCAGAGGAAUCAUAAAAGAGAAAAACCCAUUCAAUGUCCAGACUGUGGGAGAAGCUUCAAUUGUAAUUCCCACCUGGUAACACAUCAGAAGAUUCACUCCAUGGAGAAACCUUAUAAGUGUAGAGAUUGUGGGGAAAGUUUCAUUAUAAAUUCCCACCUCUUGAGACAUAAGACCAUGCACACAGGAGAGAAACCCUUUGAACCACCUGACUGUGGCAAAAGCUUUAGUGAUAAUUCUAGCCUGAUGAAACACCGGAAGACUCACAUAAGAGAGAAACCCUUUGAAUGUCCUAACAGUGGGAAAAGUUUCAGUCGAAAUGCCUAUCUGGUGAUACACCAGAGGACUUACACUGGAGAGAAACCCUUUGAAUGUCCUAUCUGUGGGAAAAGCUUUAAUGAUAAUUCCAGUAUGGUGGCACACCAGAGGACUCACAGAAAACCCUUUGAAUGUCCUGAUUGUGGGAAAGCUUUCAGUCUGAGUUCCACCCUGGUGGCACACCAGAGGACUCACACAGGAGAGAAACCCUUUGAAUGUCCUGAUUGUGGGAAAAGUUUCAGUCAGAAUUCAAGCCUGGUGAAACACCAGAGGACUCACACAGGAGAGAAACCCUUUGAAUGUCCUAUCUGUGGGAAAAACUUUAAUGAUAAUUCCAAUAUGGUGGCACACCAGAGGACUCACACAGGAGAGAAACCCUUUGAAUGUUCUGAUUGUGGAAAAAGUUUCAGUCAGAAUUCCAGCCUGGUGAAACACCAGAGGACUCACACAGGAGUGAAACUCUUUGAAUGUCCUGACUGUGGGAAAAGUUUUAUUAAGAAUUCCAGCCUGUUGGGACACCAGCGGACUCACACAGGAGAGAAACACUUUGAAUGUCCUGAUUGUGGGAAAUGUUUUAGUCGGAGUUCCAGCCUGGUGAAACACCAGAGGACUCACACAGGAGAGAAACCUUUUGAAUGUCCUGAUUGUGGGAAAAGUUUUAUUAAGAAUUCCAUCCUGGUGAAACACCAGAGGACUCACACAGGAGAGAAACCAUUUGAAUGUCCUAUCUGUGGGAAAGGUUUCAGUCAGAAUUCCUACCUGGUGAUACACCAGAGGACUCACACAGGAGAGAAACCCUUUGAAUGUCCUAUCUGUGGGAAAAGCUUUAGUUAUAAUUCUAAUCUGGUGAGACACAAGAGGACACACACAGGAGUGAAACCCUUUGAAUGUCCUGAUUGUAGGAAAAGUUUUAGUCUCAGUUCCAGCCUGCUGAGACAUCAGAGGACUCACACAGGAGAAAAACCCUUUGAAUGUCCUAUCUGUGGGAAAAGCUUUAAUGAUAAUUCCAAUAUGGUGGCACAUCAGAGGACUCACACAGGAGAGAAACCCUUUGAAUUGCCUGAUUGAGGGAGAGGUUUUGUCAGGGCUGCUUCACUCAGUAACCAAGAAAGAAACCACUCAACUCCAUCUUGCAGAAUUAAGAGUACUUUUAG